AUGAUGCAAUGGCAAGUUAGUAGGCAGUUCAGGAAAGACCGUGAGGCUGCUAUGGCCAGAAUUCCAAACCUGGAUGUUGUAGUCCAGCAGCUAGACCUCCCUUAUGGCCCUCCACCAGGAUUGGCAUGGCCAUACCAAGAGAAUCCUCUCAUCGCACAGAUAGCUGGAAUACCAGGGCGUGGAGAGAUCCAACCUGGAUAG